CACUGUCAAAAUUUUUUUCGUGUGAACAUAAUAUUUGUUUUGAAACGAGGCUUAAUUGAAAACAAUGCGGACUUCGACAAAGUGACUUAAGCAAUCGAGUGCAUUAGUCAUCGGAGAGAUAUUGCGCACGAAAUAAAGUUUUUGUUUACUUUUGUAAGGUUAUCACAGUUAAAAAUAAAAAAGCCUUUUAAUAAUCAAUUAAUCAAUGAAAUAGUAACAUACGAAUUACCUUUAUAAUUAAUAUCAUCUUCUACAUUUAUCAUUUUAAAGAUCGUUUACAAUCAGGAACUUGUUGAGUAAAAGUAAAAAAAUGGGCGCUUUAAGUUUCUUAUUUACACUUUUUAUUCCGUUUGCUGUUGCCUAUUUUAAAGGGCCAAAAUCAAUACACGAUAGAAUUGCAAUAGUAGGUGCAGGUCCAGCAGGUAUACAUAUGGCUUAUCUGCUAAAAGAAAAAGGUUUCAAAAAUAUUAAAGUGCUAGAAAACGGAGAUGAGAUAGGCGGAAAAUCUAAAACAAUAAUGUACAGAGGUGCUGCUCAAGAGUUAGGAACAUGCUACGUAUCACCGGAUUACACAGAUGUAAUUGAGCUAAUUAAUAAAUUUGUGCCGGAAAGUUUAAUUCCAUUUCCGUCUGCAUCCGUCUGGCUGGAGAAUCAACCUGAUCCGAUAACUUAUCAGCAAUACCUUUUUAGGUUUGUUUCAAAAUUACUAAAAACAAACAAUCUUGAUAGUAUUAAAUAUGCUAUUGUUACAGCGAUAAAAAAGUACAACUUCCUGCAUAAAAGUUUAUUUGGAGAAUAUGAAGGAGAACUUAUGCCACGACCAAGCCAAGAGACGUUGUUAAAAAUCAACAAUACUUUUCUCCAAUACAUAACUUUGAACAAUUUGGAAAUACUUCAACCAAUUUUUGAAGUGUCAACUACGAUGCAGGGCUAUGGCCACUUAAAUGAGAUUGCUGCUUUGUAUGGUUUAAUGUGGAACACUCCACGCUUUAUGAUUGCAUUUUUAACACGAAUGAACGGGGAUGAACGAAAUGCGGGCAUGCAUGUUUUGAAAAACGGUUUUCAAAAUCUUUGGAAAACAAUUGUUAUUAAAGAAAAUAUUAAUGUCAUAUACAAUGUUAACAUUAAAGUGGUUGAACGUAAUUUUACGCAAUCUGAUGGACCAAUCAUUCGUCUUUUUAAAAGUCAUGGUAAAAGGCUUCCAAAAUGGGAAGAGUUUGAUUUUCUUAUUUGGAGUCCAGAAAUGCAACAAAGUAUAAAUUUAUGGGACAACGUUACUCCACUAGAAAAAAAGCUGUUUUCAAAUACUACAUGUACAUAUUUUACUUCAUCGAUAGUCAAUUACGUUGACAAAAUUCGUGGUUUUACGCCAAUCGACUACUGGAUAGAUAAUAUGAAUAAAAAAAUUGAGCACAGUGUAUGGGCUCAACGUGAUACGUACUCGGUUAUAAAUGGUUAUAAAGGCUACUUAUACAGAAAUAAAACAUUUCCAUUGGGCGAAGAUUUUAACCCAACAAAAACAGUUAUAACUUAUCAAAUGGCAGACGAGCUACCCAACGUUAAGGAUCUAGAGGAUGCUUUAUUAAAACAAAUGAAAUAUUUUGGAGACGGCGUAACCAUUCUAAAGCAAAUGACAUGGCGCUACUUUCCCCGAUAUUCUUUGGAACAAAUUCAACAAGGCGUUUUGUGGGAUAUCUUUGAUAUACAAGGACAUUAUGGGAUGUGGUACAUUGGAUCUUCAGUUUCGUUUGAAAGUAUUAAAUCUGUUGUACAAUAUAACCAGCUUCUUUUAAAUAAACUAGAACUUUAUGAGGAUAACGUUAUGUAAUAUCUCGAAAGUUAAUCGUUAUAUUGUCAUA